CAAGGCGCACGCUGCGUGAACGCCAGUUUCGGAAUGGUUUCCGGAAGCAAUGACAGGAUUUUCGCUGGACUGAAGAUACUGAGCCCCGGGAGUGGGGGGCUGUGCACUUGACCUGGUCGCCCCCCACCGGACCCGGGUGUGACCCGGGUCCCGGUCCCGAUCUCGAGAAUCGUAGACAGGGCGUCCCGGCCGCCCGCAGGUCGGGAAGGACGAAGGCACUAGAAGAAGAGGGGUGUGGGCCAGAGGGGGCACUCAUUGCCAUGCCUGAGGCCCAACCUGAUUCUCCACCUGCCCCACCUAAACCUCCAGUGCUUGACCUCUUCAACUUGGUCCUGUUUUAUAAGAGACUUGUAGUCUACUUAGAGCCUCUCAAGGAUGCAUUUGAUGGGAUCCUCUACUUGCUCAGGUGGCAGACACCAGUGUGUUCUUUGCUGACCUGCCUGGGCCUCAAUUUCCUCUUCCUAACUCUGAAUGAGGGUGCCUGGUACUCCGUGGGUGCCCUGCUGAUCUCUGUGCCUGCCCUGCUGGGCUACCUGCAGGAAGUGUUCCGGACCCGGCUCUCGGAGACUGAGCUGAUUCGGAGGAAGUAUCAUAGUGUGAGACAGGAGGAUCUACAGAAGGUCCGGCUGUCCCGGCCCGAGGCUGUGGCAGAGGUGAAGACCUUCUUGAUCCAAUUGGAGAACUUCUUGAAUCGCCUGUGCAAUAGCUGUGAAGCUGUCUAUCGAGUGCUGUACUGGGAGAACCCAGUUGUGUCCUCACAAUUCUAUGGGCUUCUCUUGGGCUCCAUCUUUGUGCUGUACCUGCUACCCCUGUGCUGGAUCCUGGCCCUCCUCAAUAGUACCCUCUUUCUGGGAAACGUGGAGUUCUACCGAGUGGUGGCAGAAUGCCGGGCUACCCUGCAACAGCGAAUGAACCCUCAGCUUCCAGGGAACACUGAGGAUUGCUUGGAAUCAGACAGUGGGGGAAGAGGAGUGUUGCUGGACUGUAGUUCAACCCCUACUCCCACCGAAGACCUCACACCAGGCAGUGUGGAGGAGGCUGAGGAGGCUGAGCCAGAUGAAGAAUUUAAAGAUGCUAUUGAGGAGACCCACCUGGUGGUGCUGGAGGAUGAAGAGGGAUCUGCGUGCAGUGUGGAAGAUGAUCUGGCCCUACACGACAAUGGUUUUAUGAGCAAGAAUGAAGUGAUUCGCAGCAAGGUGUCUCGACUCACUGAGAAGCUCCGAAAACGAUAUCCUACCAACAAUUUUGGAAACUGUGCAAGCUGCUCAGCUACCUUCUCAGUGCUGAAGAAGAGGCGGAGCUGUAGUAACUGUGGAAAUAGCUUUUGUUCCCGGUGCUGCUCCUUCAAGGUCCUCAAGUCCUCCAUGGGAGCCACAGCCCCUGAAGCACAGAGAGAGACUGUAUUUGUGUGUGGCUCAUGUAACCAGAACUUGAGCAAAUGAGAAGAGAGAGACCUGGGGUAGUCCUUGUGGGCCCACCCUGUUCACCCUCCUCUCCUGUGCCUGCUCCAGAGGCUACCAGUUAGAUUCUUCCCAGAUCCCUCAUCCCAGUGUGUGGAGGUUGCUGGGCCAAGCUGGGUAUGAACAUUGUAUAGGUGCCUCCCCUUCCUCUCUCCACCCGAGAGAUACCUGCCCUGGGGUCUCUGAUGACCUUUCCAGCUUCUCUUUGUAUUCCCCUGGGUGAAUGGAAUGAUAGCUCUCCUUAAAAUCUUUGUGUAGGGUAACCCUUAGAUUACUAGAGGUGUCCGCUGGGAUAUAGCUGGGAUAGUGGAGUAUAGGGGAAACAGGAUCAAAUGGGGAAUUAAAGUGGGCAGCCUUCAUGAUGCUGGGAGCUAUGGAACAAACUAGAGCCCCAAAGCUAGAAGGGAACCUUCUUUGGAUGUUAUCCAGUAGGGACAAAAACACAUAAAUACUCGGCCCCAGGUGACCUUCCUGAGGAGCUUGGGUAGAGACGGUUUGGUGGUUGCUGUAGCCCCACUCUCCAUACCAUUUCAAUGCCCCUGCAAGGUGUCACCACAUGAGCUUUGGGGCUAUAAUUGUCAAAGGCCCAGAGUGAUGACUAUGGAAGACUAGAAGUCAGCCAGUUAUUCUGUAUGAACUGGCUAUAAAGGCACUGAUGAAGCCUUUAUCACUUAGCCUUCAUCCCACCCCAACCCAUUCUCAGUCAUUCCCUUUGAUUCGAAACGGUUAAAGGGAACUUCUGAAUCCCAUUCUGUUACUAUCUGAUUCUCAACUACGGAGAAGCAGCUUGGGAAACUGGCUACCUUCCUACCAUUCAUUUGUAUGCCUCCCUCUGCCAUGUGGUUGUUCCCCUCUACCUUUUAGUUGACCGAAUUUCUUCACUGAAUUGCCAAGGCUCCUCUACGAUAUCAUAUGGGCUCAGAAAUUCAAGGGGGAUAUUUCAAGAUAUUCCUUUGACCCUCUGUGGCCUGGGAGAUGUGAGAUCUCCCUGGCUAAUGCUCUAUUAAGGGAUUGUUUGAUGCUGACCACCCUCUUUUAUUCAUUUGAGGCAGAUACCUAGUCAUUUUUUAGGACCAAAUUGGCACUUCCAAGGCUUCGAGUCUGGCCAGGUUCUUUUUCUACACUGGCACUUCCCUCCCUAGUUUGGAAAUAUUUAUUUAUUUAUUAUAUGGUUCUUGGGAACAGGGGGUGUUGGGAAUAGAUUAGAGAAGAACCUGAGACUGCCCUUACCCCAAGAUUAUUUCUGGAACUAUGAGGUUCCUUCAGACAUAGGACUUAGAAGGUUGAGGUAUUUUAGGAACUCGAGCUUUUCCUGCCUCCUUCCUCUCAUUUUCAGUUGGAGGCUCCCCUAGGAUACCCAGGAGUCAACCCUAUCUUGGUGCCUCCCUUUUUACCACCUCUUCUAUUAUUUCCCCUUAUAAGUGAGAGCUUGAAUAUAUUGUGCUUUACAGUGGAGGGGAGUGCUCAAGAAAUCUCUGUGUAUAUGGAGACAACAAUAAAGUUACAUCAGGCCA